AUGAACGUACCGCCUUCAAGCGCUCCUCCUAUUCCUCCCACAACCUUCCAAACACCAAAUGGAGCGAAUAGUGCAUCACCCAAAGAUCUUCGGGACUUUCUCAAAUCUUUAAAUGACGACAAUCCACCAUUGGUAUUGGAUAAACCACUUUGGCUGCGCCUGCUUGCCAGCCUACUGGAGCAAGUCUUUGGCUGUUUUCCUUAUUUCAAGCCAACAAUGUUAGGCACCACCAACGAGCGCAUCGAGCUUACAGACGUCACGCUAGAUGUCUUUUCACGUGUCGGAAAAAGGGCUGAUUCACUUGACUGGCUUUAUGCUGAUGAGGAGCAUUUAUCUAAAAAAGUAUUUGUACACCUUUUGGGCCUUUGUACGUCGACAGAAUCAUGGUUAGAAGUUGCCGACGAGGGCGAUUCAGGCGGUGCAUCUAACACGCUAUAUUCCAAAGCCUGCGGAACUCUCGUCGAAUUCUUGCAACUUUUGUCAUUUUCAAGUGUUCCAGGAGGAGAUUCUAGUGAUCUGCAAAGGGGAGUCUUGCAGGACAUUUUGUACGAAGCGACAAACUUAUGUACUAGUGAGUCUACCUCGUGA